UUACAGGACUUGCUCGUAGUAUGGGGGAAUCUACCGAUGUCAGGCCUCUGCAAAGAACACAUCGUAUUGGCACCUUGAAGAUGUCAGCAGUGUCAACAGUUGGUCCAUCGUCGGCUACGCCGCGCCGAGGAUUUGUGGGAGAUGCGAUGGAUCGCUAUCUAGCCACGCUUGGUCUUGUGAAGAAGAUGAUGCCCAAUGACGGAGGCAGCAGUAUCUACAGAGCUGUGUGCGAAGGGUUGAGUGGCAGUCAGUGCGAGUACCUUGGACUUCAGGAAGUUGUAGAGAGCCAUCUGCAACUAAUGUACCGUUUACAACGUCAUCGUAACGGGUUAUGCACUGUGAAUAAAAUCGAAGACACUUUGAAGACCAUCGCACGCUUAUUGAGGAUAAUAAUCCAUGUUUAUCGCUCUGUCGGGAGAGAACCUGACGUGUACCAGGGUUUGAAGCUUACCACUUAUCGUCCUAAUAAGGUGGUUUUGUGUGAGUCUGCUCGUGGCCGUUUCGAUCUGGUAUACAGUUAUGAGGACCACAUCAACCUAGCAUGCGCUCAAAGUGUUCUUUAUCACAUGCUGUAUGUUGAUACAUUCAAAAAUUCACCCGAAGUGAUCAAAGAGUGUAUCGCUCAUGUUCGAGCUGAUAUGGAUAGCGUCGGAGGUGACAUACAAACUCCAUCAUCUUCUAGGCCUAGCCACUUUUCAUACCCAACCAGCUCCUCACCCGCGCAGCAUUCUGUGGGAAAUUGGCGACCCCCUAUCCCCUAUUCUGCUGUGAAAGCUUUGGAUCCGUCUGUCUAUCGCAACAUCGCCUACGACCUCUACACGAAGGAUAAGAGACAGCAGCUUGAACAAAUUGGUAUCGACAGAUUUGAAGCUGGUACGCACUGUUUCUUCCUGCGGGCUGAGGUUCUUCACAAAGCGUUCGUGUUGACAGUUUUGGACGAAGAAAAUCGGUUGAUUAUUGUGGAUGGAAAGAAGAGGAAAGUCCGAGUCUCCGAUCUGGUUCCCUUUACUCAUUCAUGGUCACCUGUUUCGAAUAUGAUUGCGAAUGGUUGUGUCGGCGAACAUGAUAGCGCGAGCAGCAGCCCCAUAGACGAUGCUGGCACAGUAAUGGCCAUCUCUCCUACUGUUUGGACUCCUGCUUUUUUUUUCACCUUCCCGAGUGGAUACAGCUUAUAUGAAGAUACAACCGCACAGUACGUACAGCCGGCUAUAACGAACUACCCGUCAUUUUCACUACCGACCAUCACUGAAGAUCAAGGAAAUGACUCAGGGACGGGCCCAUUGUUUAUGCAGCCGAGAUUCACGAGGAGUGCAACUGCACCUUAGUGUGUUCUUGAAAGUUGAAGGUCUUUCUGUAUCGUCACAAUCAUCUUGCCGAGUUCCCUUAUUAACUUUUCUAGCAACAAAUUCUGAUUUAUCUUAUCUUGUACUUUGCAAUAUUCACUGGCAAUUUCCAUUUCCAUUCAACAUUCAGAGGCAUCAUAAAUCACAGUUUUAUUUCGAAUUUUAGAUCGCUGAAAUCCGACUUUUUGAAGAACGCUUUGAUUUUGAUUUUAGCUAUCUGUACCCCAUAUAUUCACUCAUUAUGAUUGUCUACCUACUGUACAUUAGUCUUCUCGCAAGUAUAAGUGUUAGUGUAGUCAUGGACCUCUAGAAGGAAUUUUGAAUCACUGAUCCACGUUUUACUGAGAUGUUUUAUUGAACGU